GGAACAAUGCCUGUUUUACGAGCUCGGAACGAUGCCUGUUUUACGAGCUCGCUCACGGAAUGUAUUAUUAAUGUGUCUUCAUGUACUGUAGGUAUAUAUGAAGAAAACAAAACUAGUUUCUUGCGGAAACUUGAACACCUUUGCUUCAAGAAAAUCAUUAAAAUCGAACAGUUAACGAGUGAUUGAUUGCGUGUAACGUGAAGUGAAACCCAGAAAUUGGGUCACCUAAAAAAACUGCAUCAUCUACACGUCUGCGUCAUCUACACGUCUGCGUCAUCUACACGUCUGCGUCAUCCAGAUACCUGCGUCAUCCAGAUACCUACGUCAUCUACACGUCUGCGUCAUCCAGACGUCUGCAAUAAGGUGCCAGCCAAGGCCAGAGAAGCAGCAGCAGCAGCAGCAGCAGCAGCAGCAGUAGCAACAGCAGGUCAGCGGUUGAGCUGCAGCAGCCUCCAGUAUGCGUGGCUCCCUGCUGCUGCAAGCCCUUCUCCUGCAGCUCACAGACGUGCUGUUGGUGGAGAGUAAGCUGAGGACGAACCCAACUGGCAACAACCAGGUGGAGGCCCAGGCUGUAGGAAUGGCGGACUGGGCAGCCUUUUCCACCCCCAAAGGCCCACACUUCGCCCCUGACACCCCCACCUGCGUCACGGCUGCUGUAGGAGCCCCGGCUCACGUUCCCUGCAAGGCCAGGAACCUGGGCUCCAAGUCGGUGUCGUGGAUCCGUCACCGGGACCUGCACGUGCUGACGGUGAGCUCCUUCACCUUCACUAACGACGAGAGGUUCUCGGCCCACCGGGACCCCGCCACAGGUGACUGGGUCUUGGUGUUGCGGCGGCCGCUGCCCUCGGACUCAGGAUUUUACGAGUGUUCCAUCUCCACCAAGCCCGUCACCACAAUUAGUGUCAAGCUCGAUGUUGUUGUGCCGACGGCUGAGCUGCUGGGGGACGGGGAAGUGUACCUGGACCGAGGCAGCACUCUUAAUCUAACCUGCGUCGUCCACUUCAGCCCAACUCCGCCGGAAUUCAUCCUAUGGUACCACCGUGAUAAGCUGGUGAACUACGGGUCACGUGAGGGGCGAGAGAUCAAGGUAGCGACGGUCCACAAGGGAGACACCACCCGCUCCUCUCUCCUGGUGCACAACGCCACCGUCUGGGACUCUGGCAGGUACUCCUGUAAGCCUUCAAAUGCCCAGAAGAUUUCCAUCGACGUCCACGUACUCAAGAGCGAGACACCCGCAGCCAUGCAAACCACGACCAGCAGCGCCCCUCCAGCCGCCGCCAGCCACCUCCUAUCACAGGUCUUUGUCACCGCCUUCUGUGUCCUCGCCGCCGCCGCCCACACGCCCGACGUCGCAUCAUUGCUUAUCUUCAUCUCCUCGGGCCGCCCGUUCCCCCUUUUCACUCUGUUUACCAACAGAUAAGGAGACAGGGACCCCCCCCCCUCUCUCUCUCGCCUUGUCUGUGGUUGAGUACACGCCUCUUAGAUCUCUGGAGAAGAGGCAGAAAUGGGAGGGCGCUGUGGCUGUGUAAUGCCUCAUAUAGAGAUACAGGAGUGCUCACUCCUCGCUACACACACACACACGCUCAACUGUGUCAUUAGUUAGGUGUAUAUCCAGUUAGAGUUCAGGUAUCACUGAACUUCUCAGUCACGUGUUUGUGUAAAAACAACACACCAACAGAUGUAUUAUUAUAAAAUUGUAUAAAUAAAUUUAUAUGUAUAUAUUAAAUACUGCCUCAGCCAUGAGCCAGUGUAUGUUGACAAUCUGGUUGGCUAAGGUUCCGUGUGUCUACCUUCCUUAUGUUUUAGGUCGCUUGUUUCCACACCAAUUAUGUCUUGCAGUUUGUUGAUUUGCUAUCAUCAGGCGUUGAGUAUAUUCUCACCACGCACCCUCCCCCUCCCCCCUCCCUUCCAUCCCACCACCUAACAUGGGAUAGACCAACACAUUUGUAUACUGGCUGGUUCCCCCUCACCCAACACGGGAGACAUCUCCCGUCACGCAGGGUGCAGUCGCACCUCCACAGAUCUCCAGUAUCAUCUAUUGAUACUGCUAAUGCCUCAAAAGGGCCACCAUUUACGGGCUAUUCAUGCCCGUGCCACCUUUUGGGUGGCUUAAUCUUUAUCAAUCAAUCAAUCACUUCACCCAACCAAUCGGCCUCGCUUCUUGCAGGUCGUCGCUCGAUCCCCCGAUGGUCCAAGGAGCUGGGGGGGCACCGUUCCUUUCCUCUGCCCUCUGCUCGUCUUCAUAGCCCUUCUAAGUGAAAUAUAUAAUCACUCUGGCUUCUUGUUUUAUCCUCAUUCAUACCUUAUGUUAACUUCUGUUGCUGUCUGUCGGUGUUCCACUUUGUGAGUCUACCUGGACGGUUCACCUGACAGCGGAUCGAAGGAACUGACACAGGAAUUAAAUUGAGUGUCAGUUCUAACGUCAGCGGAGAAGGGAAACCAAGUGACCAUUAGCUGCUGUAUGCGAACCAUUUAUUAAUAUAAAGCAAAAUUGAAGCAACAUUCAUAAAGGCAGGAGAAAGUUUUCACAAAACACACACACACACACACACAGGGGGGGGGGGGGAACUUUCACAUUACACAAAGCCAGGAGGAAAGUUUAAACACUCACAAACAGAGGGGAAAGCUUGCACAGCACAUAGAGUAGGGGAGAGUUUACACUACACAUACACAGGGCAUGGGAGAGUUUACACAUCACAUACACAGGGCAGGGGAAAGUUUACAGAGCACACAAUGAAAAAUGUACACAACAGAGUCAAGGUAAGUUUACACAACACACAAUGAGAAAUGUACACAACAUAGAGUCAAGGUAAGUUUACACAACACACAAUGAGAAACGUACACAACAUAGAGUCAAGGUAAGUUUACACAACACACAAUGAGAAAUGUACACAACAUAGAGUCAAGGUAAGUUUACACAACACACAAUGAGAAAUGUACACAACAUAGAGUCAAGGUAAGUUUACACAACACACAAUGAGAAAUGUACACAACAUAGAGUCAAGGAAAGUUUGCACAACACACACAUAGGCAGGAAAAGAUAAUUAUUACAUUUACCUAUUGCUAGAUAAUACUUUUAAAUUUUUAAAUUACUUACUUUUAAAUUAAUUAUUUUUAUUUUAUAAAAAUUAAGUAUUUUAAAGUAUACUUUUAAAUUAUUUGAUUUCAUUCCCAUCAAUAUUGAUGUUUUCUAUAAUUUAAUAACAUUUAUAGAUUCACAAUACGCACCAAAUAUUUUGAAUAGCAUUGCAAAGUCUUCAUAAAUUAUUUAAUAACGAAAACCCCUGAAGUGAGACUUAUUGUGGGAGGAAUUACAUCUUCGUCUCAGGCCUCAGUAAUUUAAUUCAGGCCUAUUUACCUCAGUAAAUAGAUGAACAGUUUCAAAAUAAACAGCACCAACGUUUCACUUGUUCACCCUUGAUAUAUGGUUUAAAAUUCGUAGAUUUAGCUAGCUGUAUCCUGUCGACCAAAACAUCCCACAACGGAGGUCAUUUCACUACGUAGUUCGAUCAUUUGUAAGGGCCAAUCUUAGUUCGUGGUUGACAAGACGGGUCAAAUGUCGUGGUGUCAAGAAGCGAAGGUGUGCAACUUGCAAAGGUUAAGUGGUCAAAGUGUGAGAGUGAGCUGUCUAAUUUCUUCAAACUCUGCAAUCUCUCACUUUCUUAACUUUACGAUUCGAAAAUGAUGUAUCAAAGUCAUCAGUACGGGACUAUACUCUGAAGUCUGACAUACAGGCUAUGGUCGCGUUAGUUGAAAAUUCACAAUUUGUCGCUAUAUAUUUGUAAACUAAUUGUUUGUCUGUAUUUUGAACAUGUUGCAUGUAGUGAUAUUUUCCCAUUAUAAAAUGAUAACUAUUAACUUUUUAUCGAGAACUUUAACUUAAAAAUCAAUAUUUAUCUGCAUAUAGAAGAAAAUGUUCUAUUUUACAUUACUAGAAGGUCAAACAUGUUUUUCAAAUAUUUGAAAUGUUUAUUAUCACCAAAAAGUAUAAAUGUGAUUUAGCCAUUAGACAACGGUCAAAUAAUGACUAAAUACAGUAAAUCCAAUUUUAAAUUGCCAAUGUUAUAAUAUUAGAAUCGUGAUCUCACGAAAAAAUAUAAUUAAUCGCAGUGAGUUGUGCAAAUAUUUACAAAAAUGUAAGAAUGAAUGAAUUAUCAGGGGACAGCCCCUAGCCAUUACGACUAUACAGCACUGAGAAGGGAUCAGGAUAAGGAUUUGUGAUAGGACUGGGGAAAGGACUGGUGUCCAACCGCUUGGACGGUCGGGGAUUGAACGCCGACCUGCAUGAAGCGAGACCGUUGCUCUACCGUCCAGCCCAAUAACUGGGCUGGACAGCCCAAUGUAAGAAGAUAAACAUUGUGAUGUACGGGUAACCAGUGAACAACGUGACGUUAGCCAGCGGGCACAGUACCCAAGAGUAACGACAAUCCAACGUUAUUCAAUGUUGAAUUAACGCUGGUAACGGUGACUGGACGUUGAGCCAAGUAACUGUUUAAUAUUGUCCUACUCGGUAUGAAUUUAUACCCUGAACAAACCACAGCUAAAAUUAUUGUCUUGCCUAAUAGCUAGAACUGCACUACUUGGGCUAGUAAAUAAGGUCCUAUUUGCUUAAUAGCCAGAGCGAUUUUGGUUAUUUUAAAAUAUUUCUUUACAAAAUCGAUUCAUUCCAGUCACUGUUAAUAUAUUAGGAACAUUAAUUAUUGACUUAUUCGGUUAGGUAACGUUAAGUAAGGUUGGCUAGCUCAAAUUUUUGUUAGUUUUACUAAAAACAAAUCGUUAUCAUAUAUAAUACAGCAUAACCAUCAGCCUCCCGUAUUAAAAAAUAUUUGAAAACUUUAAUAUUUAUGGAAAAUUCAAUAAUUUUUAGAAUAAUAAUGCAACACUCAGCCAUAUUUCAGCAAGUUUUAGAAACAAAAAUGAAUUGGAAGCUGAAUUUCUUCCAGUGCUAUCAAGGUCAGGUAAUUUGAGUUGCAGAACAAUUUUCAUGGUUCGCAUCCCUCCACACUACCUGUUUCUAAAGAAAUUACGACAAUUUCAGUUUGUUCUUAAAUUUUACCUUAAAGCACUCCCGUUAAAUGUAACCCUCGAUUGACAUAAUACAGCUUGAAAGAAGAGUCAGAAUGUCUACGUUACCUGAGUGUUAGUUUUGGUUGAAAGAGGUUGGGUUGAGUUUGCGUUAGAUUCAGUUGGGUUGAAUCUGACGAUAGUGUUUUGAUUCGCGAUAUUCUGAAAUGCGGUUGUGUUGAAAGUAGUAGUGACCAGCGUCACACACCGAGGGGGAUAACAUGGGAUGACUUACUACCCCGGGUGUUGGGUACUACUACAGGUGUUGAAACACCUCCAGAAGCAUUGAAACACUGCCCUAGACCCAGAAACACUACCACAGAUGCACAAACAUUACCACAGGUGUUGAAAUACUACCACGGGUGUUGAAACACUAAUGCAUGUGUUGAAACACUACCAAAUAGUACCGAGAGAGAGUAGUUCUUUAGAACGUACUUCAUCGGGUCUAAGAAAGUGUAGUUAAGACCAGCCAGAAAAUACGGUCCCAUACAGACGCAAGUUCCCAUUCUCACACUUUUUGUGUGGUCUGGUCAACUCCAAAAGUAAUCAUCCGUAAGAGUGAGCACGUCCAGCUUCUUGAGACCACAAAGAACAAUAGAGACCAUCACCUCCAGGUGAUCAUCUUAUUACAUACUUCUCAUUAUUUCAAGUAGAUCAUCAUGCCUGAUAAUUUCCAUCACCACAGUGAAGUCCAACAUAACAGCUCCCAUCACCCAUAGAUGAAUAUGACAGUUCCCAUCACCCGUAAGGAGAUGAACAUGACAGCUCCCAUCACCCGUAAGGAGAUGAACAUGACAGCUCCCUUCACCCAUAGAGAGAUGAAUAUGACAGUUCCCAUCACCCGUAAAGUGAUGAACAUGACAGCUCCCAUCAUCCGUAAGGUGAUGAACAUGUUCCCAUCACCUCCGGUCUGACCAACAUAGCUGACAGUUCCCAUCACAUUCGUCAAGGCUGUUACCUCCAUCUCUGGGGUGUAUGAGGACGCUCCCUGUAAUUACCAGAACAUAAAAUGUUUUCCCUGGUAGUGCUUGAACCUGAUGGCAUCGUGUGUCGAGGGUAGUUAACGCUCACAUAUCUCCCGCCCUCAUGCCGAGCUUAUGUUAGUCACCGCUCGGGUUUCCGAGCGGUGUUCCGAGCCCUGAAAUACUCACGUUCG